AUGUCGGAUAGAUAUAGUUUUUCAUUAACAACUUUUUCACCUUCGGGCAAGCUUGUUCAAAUCGAGUAUGCAUUGAAUGCAGUUGCUCAAGGUGUAACAAGCAUUGGUAUUAAAGCUUCACCAUUGAUUGAUGAUUCAUCACUUGAAAAAGUUGCAAAUGUUUGUCCAAAUAUUGGUAUUGUUUAUUCUGGAAUGGGACCAGACUUUAGAGUGUUAUUGUCAAAGGCAAGAAAGGCAGCUCAAAAAUAUAAAAGAAUAUAUAACAAGUAUCCACCAACAGGAAUUUUAGUUAAAGAAGUUGCUAGUGUAAUGCAAGAAUUUACUCAAAGUGGUUCAUACUUCAAUUUAACAUUAAAAGAGGGAUUUGAAGGGCAAAUGACUGAAAAUUCAAUUGAAAUUGGAAUUAUUGGUGGUGAUGCAACAGGAUUUAUGGAAGACAAAGAACAACCAUUAUUUAGAAAAUUGUCUCCUUCAGAAGUUAAAGAUUAUUUGGCUAAUAUAGCUUAA